GCUCGAAAUGCUCUUAUCACCACACCAUCACCUUCCGUCCUUCCCAUUUCGGUUUGAGUUUCAAAUCUCUCUGUCUCACGCGCACCGUUAGGGCCGCCCCUCCCUCCGAAACCCUAACCCUAGCCACCACCAACGCGCUCCCUCCCUCCCUCCCUCGAUCCUCAUGUCCGAUUCCGAAGCGUCCCCGCCGCCCGCGGUUGCGGUUGCGGCGGUGGAGGCGGCGGCGGGCGAGAACUCCCCGUCUCCGGCGAGGAGUGAGGAGUUGCUGCCGGUGGCGGAGAAGAUCUCGGAAUUAAAUGAAUCACAGUCAGAGCUUUUGGGAAGACUUCGAGGACUUAAGGAGGAUUUGCAGAGUUGGAGAAACAAUUUAGACACCCAAGUGCAGAAAUACAAAACUGAAAUCUCGGAUAUCAAAACUGCACUUAAUAGUGAAAUUGACCAGCUGAAAUCAGAUUUCCAAGAACUGAGAACCACCCUUAAGAAGCAACAGGAAGAUGUGACUAUCAGCUUGAAGAAUUUGGGGCUAGAAGAUGCUACCGAAAAUGAUGGGAACAAAGGAAGUGGGGAGGAAAAUACAAGUGAGGGUGCAUUAGCAAACAUGGGGAACCUGAAAUUGGAGGAUAAUCCAGAAAAUAAUGAUGAAAGCAGCACGGUUGAGGAGGAAAAUAAUUCGGAGGCCCCUGAAGAAGAUGAUGCGGCAGGCAAAGAAGCUACCAACACAGAAGAUGGCACGGCGGGCGAAGAAGGUACCAAGACAGAAGAUGGCACGGCGGGCGAAGAAGGUACCAAGACAGAAGAUGGCAUGGUGGGCGAAGAAGGUACCAAGAUGGAGAAUCCAAGCGACGAAUAAAUCAGCGCAUGAACGGAAAGUAGAAAUGGCGCCACUUCUUUGGUGGCCCCGCUGUAGAAACUUAAAGAGCAGUGGUAGAUCGGUUCCUCUACAAGGGACGGCCCAUGCUCUGUGUGAUCAUCUGGUCGUGUAGCCGUGGUCUUUCUUGAACGCUGCUGCGAUGAGUGGGCUCCAGCACUCAGGAAUUGUUGCAACCUGUUUAACUACCUUAUUAAUGUAAGAGCGUCCACAUGAAAA